AUGGCUCUCAAGAGGGCUUGUUACCUCCUUUGGGCUAUAUCAAUAGCCAUCCUAACAAUUCUAGGGCCCACAAAGGCCCACAUUAAGCCUAUCAACAUGAACGUGAUCGAUCGAUGUUGGCGCACGAAUCCCAGCUGGCGACGAAACCGCCACCAGCUGGCGACCUGCUCGGUCGGAUACUCAGGGAAGAUGACAAACAACAUUGGUCGGGCCGUGACAAAUUACAAGGUCACGGACCCGAGUGACGACCCGUUGAACCCGAGGCCCGGGACUUUGAGACACGCGGUGACAAGCGUUAGGGGAAAAGUUUGGGUCACGUUCGCUCGGGACAUGAGCAUCAAACUCGCUAGGCCCCUUCUCGUUAGUAGCUACACCACGUUGGAUGGUAGAGGGGUCGACGUGCACAUCGCGCACGGGGCUUGCCUAUAUCUUCAACGGGCGACCGACGUGAUCAUCCACGGGCUCCGAAUCCACAAUUGCGUGGCCCAGGGGCCCGGCCCAGUAAUGGGCCCAAACCGGCGGAUCGUGAACCUCGGGCCCGUGGAUGGGGACGCGAUCCGCAUGCUGACGUCCACAAGGGUUUGGAUCGACCACAACACGUUGUCCGAUUGUCAGGAUGGGCUUAUCGACGUCACGCGGGGGUCCACGGGCAUCACGAUCUCGAACAACCGAUUCAAGCUCCAGAACAAGGUCAUGCUAUUGGGCCACGACGAUGGGUUUAGACGGGACAAGAGCAUGCGUGUCACGGUUGCAUUCAACCACUUCGGCCCGCAUUGCCAACAAAGAAUGCCAAGGAUUCGAUUCGGAUAUGCCCAUGUUGUAAACAAUUUGUACCUCGGAUGGGGACAAUAUGCCCUUGGAGGGAGCAUGAACCCUAGCAUCAAGAGCCAAGCAAACCUCUUCAUUGCACCACAAGGAGACAAUAAAGAGAUCACAUGGGAUAGCAGUGCAAACGGCAGGUUCAAAUCUAUAAACGACGUGUUUGAAAACGGGGCCUCGUUUAAGGAGUCGAUUGAUAAGGGUGUGACGAUGAGGCCAAACUACCGACCGGACCAAUAUUUUGAAGUGGCUGACGGGAGAAUGGUUAGGGCCUUGACGAGUUCUGCUGGUGCUUUGAGGUGUCCAAGGACAUCAACUUGUUAA